AUGAAUCGCGAGGAUGUCGAGUUUCCUACCUUUGAUGGGUUAACAUUACGAGGAUGGCUUUACCCAGGGACAAUUCGUGGGCCGGCUAUUGUUAUGAAUCAAGGGUUUAAUACCCCAAAAGAAAUACUCUUACCCGAUGUUGCGGCCUGGUUCCAACAGCAGGGAGUAACUGUAUUGUUGUAUGAUAAUCGUUGUAUUGGUGCCAGUGAUGGUGAACCACGCAACGAUGUCAAGCCUGCCAAGCUUGUGGAAGAUUUCCACGAUGCGCUUACCUUCAUGACUCGUCAUCCAAUGGUCGAUGAGGACAAGAUUACCCUGUAUGGUUACUCAUUCAGUGCCAUGACAGCGCUUGUUGCAGCCGGUCUCGAUCAUCGUGUUGGGGCAGUCAUUUCUGUGACGCCGAUUGCCAACUACGACUUCCGAGAGAAGGAAAAGAACAAUGUCAUGGCGUUGGCAAUGCAGGAUCGCAUCUCCACCAUCGCCGGUAAUGACCCGGUAUAUAUUCCUUUUGUUGGUGAUGAUGGCUACAACCCAGCUGGGUGGGGUAACCAGUACAACAUGGAGCAAUUCCGUGCAUUCCUUGGGACUUCUUUCUUCACCAACCAGACGACAGUUCAGAGCUACUACCACGUUCUGGCUUGGCAACCUUACGGGGCUAUGCGUCUCAUCAAAGGGACGGCGGCCAUGAUGGUCACUCCCGCCGAGGACACUAUCUCGACACCUGCAGAUCAGAAAGCGGUAUUUGAUAUGAUUCCUGAACCGAAAAAAGAGUUCGAUCUGGUCGCUGGUAGAGGCCAUAUGGAUGUCAUUAACGGAGAGGGAGCGGAAGAAGUUCUCCAAAGGCAGCUUGAUUUUAUGAAGAAAUAUCUGGACUUCUAG